AAUGUCCACACUCAAGUGACACUUCUACUCUCAUUCUCUACCCGAGAACAACCUCAACAACCAACACCAUGUGUGGCUACUACGGAAACUACUAUGGCGGCCUCGGCUGUGGAAGCUACGGCUAUGGAGGCCUGGGCUGUGGCUAUGGCUCUGGCUACGGCUCUGGCUUCCGCAGGCUGGGCUGUGGCUAUGGCUGUGGCUACGGCUAUGGCUCCCGCUCUCUCUGCGGAAGUGGCUAUGGCUGUGGCUCCCGCCCUCUCUAUGGCUGUGGCUAUGGAUGCGGCUCUGGCUAUGGCUCUGGCUUUGGCUACUACUAUUGAGGACGCCACGGAAGACUCUCAUCCUCUAUACCUGGACACCAGGAUUCACCAGUUCUGAACACCACGUAUGCUGAACCUUGCUGAAGACGUGCCUUUUAAUGCCCUCUACAUCUGAUACACCCAUGCUUCCCUUUCUGUAUUUAACUCUUAAGAAGAGGAAUUGAAAUUCAUCCUGAGAAUUCCCAUAUAAUCCCUUACUAUAAUAGUGGUCACAGAUUCUGUCUUUAUAUUUUCAUGCUGAAGCCAUUUCUCUCUUUUCCUAAUAAACUUGUUUAAUC